GAAUUUUCGUAUAGUCGAAGAGUCGCGCGACGUCAAAUUAGUGCGGUGUUAAAAUCGUGCUCGAACCAAUUAUCACCUUCUCUGUACGGCAAUAAGUGUUUCGCGAAGGAAUAGAAAUUCCGGUCCCUCUCUCCUGAAUGCUGCUGACCAGACAGUUGACACACACAACUAAACACGCGCGCGCACCAACACUGAACUCCCGUGCAUGCGCGCGCGUGUGUGUGUGAGUGGAGCACAUCCGAGGCAGCAGCUCGGACACACAGCACAGAGCAGCAGCAGCCCGUGUGAGAUGAAACGGCACAGCUCUCACACACUCCUCACAUGGACACUGGGCGAGUGAGUUGGUUCUUUCCGUUUUCUCGUGUCCGGUGCGUCGGUCGUGUGUCCCUUCACUGACCCGUGGGUGCUUUGUAGUGUGUGUCCCGUGUGUGUGGCAGCGCCAACAUUUGACAAUUUCCAGUUUUCGGUGAAUAUUUGUUUUGUUUGUUCGUUUGUAUCGCCGCGUGCUGGUGAAAACUUCACAACCACUCCGUGUGUGUGUGUGUGUGUGUGUGUGUGUAUUAACAGCUUAUACCACAGUGCUAACGCACACAGGAUGUGACGGCGAUGGCGAUGAUGAUGAUGCUGAUGAUCUGAUGUGCACAAGUGCCUGUUGUGAAAGAGUGCGAGAGUGAGAGCGAGAAAGAUGCGUUGCGUUGGAUGAGUGAGAAGGAUAGCCGUCCGUGUGGAAUCUACUUUCAAGGGGGAGGAGGGGGGGUUUGUGUAGCGUGUGCAUUAUCGGCCAACGGCCACACACACCAGUGUGUGUCGAUUGGAAAACUUUCAACUCUCAACCACAUUGCGAGUGUUAAUAAUAAUCCACUUUUCGUCUGAAAAAAGGGAAAAGAAUCUCCUAGUGGCUAGUCUUUUCAAUAGUAUGGGUCGUGUGGAUAGUGUGGGACCUCGCACACUAGUUCAUGAGUCUGUGGCGAGCUGACAAUAAGGAAAGAAUGCGAAAAAAACAAAGAAAACAGAUCAACUCGACAUUUUCACCCAAUUCUCGACCACAUCCGCAAAGGCGAGAGGUGUCGUUGGAUUUUUCGCUAGACUACUAUCCGUAUGUGUGUGUGAGUGUUUGUGGGGCUCAAUAUGUGUGGAUUUAUCAGAUCCGUUUGAGUAUUCGUAUGAGAAUGUGUGUGUUUCUUCCUUAGAAAAAGAAGAACAAAAUAGUUGCCCGUAAUAGGGAGCGCUCUUCAAACCUGGUAGCGUGAACGCGAACACACGCACUGGCAGCAGAGGUGAAACAAAAAAGCGCUCAGCGCUUCAGUAUUGGUGAAGGGUUAACGUGAUGAGGGAUGUGAGAAUGUGUGCGCUAGAGUGAGAACCCCUUUUUUUAACGAGUGACUGUCUUUUUCUUUUCGAUGCAUUCCUUGUUGCUAAAAAAUUAAUUCAAGUAAGAAAAAUUGCUAACAAAAAUAAGAAUACACAAUCGCAGGUAUUGCGAAUGUUAAGAUAAGUUUCAACACACUUUUCCACACCAUUGCCCGUGUCUGCUCACCAUCUCUGCUCUCGUGCGUUUGCGUGUGUGCGUGUGCGUUUGCUCGAACCAUCGUUCGCCAUCAGCUGUCAAGGUAGUGGUAUGAGUUGAGCGAGAACAGUGAAGAAUGGGAGAGAAAGAGAGGGAAUGCGUUUUUUGCAAAAUUUGUUCGCCGUCUCGCUCGGUUUUCAGCUCAACCUGUUCUUCCGUUCCCGGUGGUUGUUUUCCACGUACCCCCGGUUUGGUGCCGAUGGGGACUUGUAUGCGUGCGUGUCACUGUGUGAGCGAUAGGUCGCGUAAGGUAAAACUGGUGUAUAUGUGUGUGUGUGUGUUUGUGAGCGUCCAUACACGCAUAUAAGUAGUUUUGUGCGAAUUUUACUUCCACCCAAUUUGCAAUUUGCUGUUCUUGGAAAAUAGCUUUUUCAAAUUGGAUUUUGACGUCUUAUUCGGGAAAAGAGUAAACUUUUUUUUAAGAUGGACAUAACUACCAAGAUGAGCUUUUAAUUGUGCGAAUUAAAGUAAAACUAUGUUUGCAACCGGAAGCAUACGUAUAGCGCUUAACGUUUGCAUAAUAUUUGCAUUUUUACGAAAGAAGGCCUGCGAAAGAAGAAAUGGUCGAGCCCCGCGCAGUUCUUAACCUUGGCGUGUCGUUGAUGGUGCUGCAAAAAUGCCGGUAAAAAAAGAAGAGAAAAUCAGAACCACCCCGCUUUACAAACACAUACACAACUGGCACAAAUCCCCCAAAGGCAUUACGCGAGAAUCCUUCAGCUUUCCGGUGGUGGGUUGUCACUUGACGUCUCUUGUCUGCUGUAGGAGGGGGGGGGGGGGGGGGGGGGGUGAUUUUAUGUCGCCCUGUCCUGCGGUGGUAGUAGUAUUAGUAGUAGCAGUGGUUCCGAAUCACUAGGUAUUAUCAUUAGGGCAGCAUAAUGCAGACAACAAUCCGUGGCUGUGGGCGUGUGUGUGUGUUCGUAACUGGGACCCGGUUUGGCAGGCCGUCCUGUGAAGCAGGUGUAUAAAGGUUAUCUAACAACAGAGCAUUUUUUGAGUAGAUUUGAAAAAAAAAUGACAAUAAUUGGCCAAAAAGCUACUCUUUUUUAUGCAAAGGAAUGAGACGAAAUGAUGUCAAGUUAUCAUUAUCACUACAAAUUCAACUGCUUUGUCUGACUUGAGGUGAACUAGCGACUGCAAUUUAGUAUCAUACCAUCCAGAACACAUUUGGAACGUUAAUUAAGUCUUUUUAUGAUGCACGAAAUUAGUCCGAAUUGUGGUUUAAUAGUACAAAUAUCAUUCACCGUACUAUGCACUAUGUUUGCCCCUCUAAUAGUAUUUUAAACAUUUGGAUUGUUUGAGAUAACAUAUAUGCAUCCUAUGGUAUUUAUAUCCAAUCAAACGCUAGCUGAGGUAACGGUAAUUAUAGUGAAAUUGAAUGAAUCAGCAACAAAUAGGCACAAUUAUAAGUAGAAGCAGAGAUUAGUAAGAUCAUAUUUAGUUUGAGCAUGGAAUAGCCAUUGUUUGCCAUUGCGCUGCUGACGUCAGUUCGAUGUUUACGAGUCAUUAUUGAAAUUGCAUGCGUUAGAUAGAGCAUUGGAUUAGUGAGCUCUUUGCAUAAAUAUUGUAGUUUCAUUAACAGUAAGAGGUUUUCAUCUUCGAAGGUGUGUGGAGUAGGGAUUUUUUUGAUUUCACCAAAAAACCUUCUGACUCUUGCUCUAGUUACAAGGUUUUUUUUUUAUGCGACAUAAAGUAUUAUUAUGCUUUACAAUAUGUGCAGAAGGGACCAGUUUACGAUCUCAAGAUUUUAUCAUUUUCAGCCAAUUUUCGAAAAGAUCUUACCAAUACUCAAACAGUACCAGGAUGGUUAAUUCAUGGAAUUGCUAUGAAUUUAAGUUACCAAUGACACUGCGCAAUGAACAAUAUAGGAUCUUACUGUGUACAGCAAGACAAAUAUUAAAGUAAAGUAUUGCGCGAUAGAUAAAAAAAAAUCGGAAAAUCCAAUAAGACUUACUAAUUAAAUCAUAAAAUCUGGUUUAGCGUGUGAUUGUUCCUGCCCCCCAUCAUCAACCGCUCAUCGUUCGAUCGCGCGCUCAACACACGCUUCCAUAAACUGUAUCUGCCCAUUUGCCAUCAUUAGCCAUUAGCGGCAACACAGGAGGAGGAGGAGGGUGGAUAUUUCAAAGCAAAAUGGGCAACAACAAAAAAACGACGAACAACGGCGCAAGACGAAUCGACUUAAGCUGGAUUGCAAACUGUGUGUAACGCAUUUGUGUGUGUGUAUGUGUGGAUUUGUGUUUUUGGUUGCAACAUCACACACACACAAAUGGGGUGUGGGGUGGGGUUGGUUGGGGUGUAAGCGGUUUCGCGCCACCAUCUUUCGGGUUGCGCCCCACACCAGCAGCAGCAGCCCAGCACACACUUUUUUACUUGCCGUUAAUUUUGUUCAAUCAUUACACACACUCAAUCCGGGUUCGUUCGUUCGUGCGUUCGUUCGUUCGUUCGUUCGUUCGUUCAACCUUUCGGCCAUAUUGACCGCCACCGUCUGAGCCGGCGGCGGCGUGCACAAUAACACACCACAGGUCCACUCUCCGCGCGGUGAUCGGGUGUGUGUGGUGUGUGUCGUCCCACCGUUUAUCUGCUUCCCCUCCCUUCUCUCCCCCUUAGCGUGGGGCCAUCGGUUUUUGCUUCUCCCAUUUGAAUAUUAUAUGGAUUUGAAACGAAAAAAAAAACGCUGAGUGAGCGCGCACAAACCACACCACAUUGCUUGGAAACCGCGUAGUGUUGAAGUACAAUUUUAACCGAUAUUGUCGCUUGAGAACUGUAGAAAAGUGGUGAUGUUUUUUUUUCUGUUUCUUGACCAAAAGAAGGUUAUUCUUGUAAUGAAAAACAGUCCAUCACACAAUUAUAGCAUCUGUAAGCCAUUGGGACACUUUUUUCACAGUAGCAUACCCACCAGCAAUGAUAAUAUUUGCCUAUUGCUUCGGCCAGCAUUAGACGACCAUUUGAGUCGUGUUUGAAUAAGUGUUUCUGUGGCCGGUCGUGUGUGUGUGUGUUAGUAGUGCGGGCAGAGUGAAAAUGGGUUGAUUAAUGAUGACCCCUUGCCUGCUCUGCUCUACGUCAUUCUCAUAACCUAUAACGCGGAUCAUAAUACACCGAGAAUGUGGCGUGGAGCGAUCGUCAUCGUGUCAUGUAUUAUCAUAGAAAGAGAGAGAGACAGCGAGGCUAGCAAUUGAAAUGAAUUAACAAAUGGGUGUAUGUAAAGCAAUUGAUGGUUGUGGGUCGUCGGGAGGGUGGGUUGUCAGCGAGAUAUGCGGGUGGUGAUGAGCAGAGGAAACACGUCACUAAAUAACAAACCGAAUUCAGAAUGCAGUAAAAAAAACCGUCUCAAAUUAUGAUGAAAUAGUUGGAUGAGAUUAUCCUAUACGUAAUACAGAUAGGUCGAUGAUGAUAGUAGCAGUAGUGGUGAUAGUGAAUGCAGCAGGUUGUCAAAAAGCAUUGCAGAAGAGGGAGAGAAGGCGACAGGGAUCCGUCGUUUGACGUUUGUCGCACGUCUCAUUGCCGCAAAACAGUCUCGAAUUAGACACAAGUAUGUCAUGACACAGCGCGCAAUCGAGUGUGUGUGUGCGCGCGUACGCGGAUGCAUGCAAUAUGCGUGAGUGUGUGCGCGCGCGAUAGAGAUAUGGACACGCAAUGCGAUGUGCUACGGACCUUUGUCACUGUGUUGUGAUGCACAGCAAUGGGGAUAAUCGAGCUUGAGCUGCAGUGUUUGUAUUUCCCUUUUUUAGUGGCAGUAUUAGCUGUUUUUCUGACACAAAAUUGAUAGAAAAUGUGUUAGAAGUAAGCAGUGGAAGCACACCGUCGUUGUAGCAAACGCAACGUGAAACGUGUACACUUCCCGAUGGAGCCAGCGAGUGUGUGCGUGUCUCUCUGGUAUCGUGUAUACGGCAUAGUUGAAGGAUCCGUUUUCACAGAAGUGAACUGAGUUUUGACAUUACCAAAUUGCGAAUGUGUGUGUAUGUCGGGUGUUUCGGUGUAUGAAUGUGUGUUGCAAAAUGGGAAAAAUAAUGUGCAUUCGAGAGAGAAUGUUACGCAAAUGUUAUGUUCAUUGCUGAAAAUGCACACACACACACACACAGCACACAUCGAUCACGCGUAGAAGAAAGCCGCAGGAACAAUUUUUGCUCAAACUGCAAUAGAUAGCGUAGCGCGCGCGUAUGUGUGGUGUGCAGUUUACUUGUAGUGUACCGGCUUUUUUGUGUGUACCGCACCAGUACCCUUCUCAAACCCCCCCCCCUCCUUUGUUUGCUUCUCAAAGCACAAAUGCUCGCGAAGGAAAGAAAAGAAAAAUCAAUGUCGUAGCGCUCCUCUCUCUCUCUCUCUCGCUUUCUCUCGCGCUCGUUCUAAGCGAUAGCAGGCGGUGUGUGGCGAUCGCUCAUCUUCAACGUGAACGUGUGCGCCCCUGUGUGUGUGCGUGUGUGUACGGGGGGACGGAACUCCUCUGCGAACGGUUAAGUGUGUGAUGUGUUCAAUCAAUUGUUUCCGGUUCGCAUCGGCGGACGUCGCGCGGAUUGUGUCUCUCUCUGUCUUUUGGUCCGAUCUGGGACGACCGGACCCCACACGUGUGUGUGUAGAGUGAAAGGUGACCAGAAUCGGAAAAAUUGUCUCUCCAACACACCAACGGUGGACGGAGAAAAAUUGAAUUUUCUCUUCACUCCCCAUUCGACGGUGUGCGUGCGUGUGUGUUUGCCUCGUAUAUCCAUAGCGAGUGAGUGAACAGUGUGUGUGUGUUGCGUGUUCAAAGAGGUGUUGCUGGUGUGUGUGUGUGUUGUGUUCGUAUACGGUAAAUGUUUGCGUGUGCUUAAGUGUGUGGCUCUAUAGUGACCACAGCAGAGCGAAAGAGAGUGUGUGUGAGAGGGAGAGAGAGAGAGUAACACAAUAACCCCGAUUGCUCACACGUGUGUGCAAUUUGUGUGUGUGUGCGCGUCCGCGUGCGGUUGUGUGUGGUGUUGUCCCGCCUGGGGAGUGUACACGUGUGCAAUACACACAAACCCAUCCCCGGCUUAACAGGGAGAGGGGGGUUGCCGCUGAUGUACAGCAAUCCUGUGUGUGUGCGUGUGUGCGAGAGUGUGUGAGUGAGACAGCGGAAUAACACACAGGAAGAAAACCAUUUCGACCACGUUCGAACAGUCUCGAGCGUUUUAUCGGCCGCAGGUCCGUUUUCUUUCCCCCCCCCCCCCCCGAAAGAGAACAACAGACACACACACACGUGCACAAAGCACACGGCUGUGUUGUGCAUUUCGGGCUGUUUUUUUGUCCGCUGUGUUGUUGUUGUUGUUGUUGUUAUUGCUGUUUGUUGUUUUUCACGGUGUGUGUUGGCGAAAAGUGUACAAGUGUACACGCCGGAAGAAGCUGCGUAAAGCUGUGUGAGCAAGGGGUUUUCGAGACAGUUUGUGUAUUGGGUGGAGCGAGGGAAAUUCGCAAGAAAAUUUGCCGCCACCGCCACCCCCAUCCAGCCCUGCUCGAACACGCACUCCCCACACACAAUAACGACGUUCAGCACGGAGCGACGACGGCGCCUUUGACGGCGACCGUUUAACUCGCCCUUCACAACAACCCCCUUCCCCCCACCCCCUUGUGGGUUGCGGGUUUGUGGGCAACGAAGCGGUAAAUCGCCUGCCGAAAAAGAAAUAUGGAUACUGGCUACGUGCUGAUGAAUGGUGUCGACAACACAACAGGCUUACUGUCCACAAACGCUUCUAGCGCGGUUUACUCUGCCCCCGGCGUGGGAGCGGUCUCGGUCGCCACAGUCAUCACACCGACAGCAGCAGCGGCAAGCACAAUCAUAACCAGCGGAAUGUCCAGCAUGACGAUCGUAGCACAGCAGCAGCAGCAGCCAGCACCACAAGCCGCCCCGCAAGCGGUGGACUACAGUGCCCUGAACGGAACCGCUGCUGCGAACGAAGCAUCGACGGCUGCUUCCAACGCCGCCGCCACACAGGAGUACUACACGGAAGGCGGCACCUCGCCUGCUACGGCGGCGCCCGUUACCAACGCUGCAAUAAUAGCCACGGCCAACACUAGUAAUAAUAGUUAUAGCACUCCUGCCCUCGUCAGUAGCCAUCCGCCGAGCAGCAGCAGCAGCAGCAACAAUAAUGGCGUCAGCAGUAGCAUCAUCAACGACGGUGCGGCAGUCGUCACGGCCGCCACCGACGUCGGAAAGGUGAUGCUGAUGGACGGCGGGAUGGUGGGGCCGCCAGUAGCGAACAGUGGCGGCGGUACCAUCGUCGUUUCCAGUGAUAACAACAAUCCUACUAGUAGCAGUAGUAGUACCGAACACAACGGGAUGCCUUUAGAGCAGCUGAAGCAGCUGCUACAAACACAGCUUGAUUACUAUUUUUCGCGAGAAAACCUUGCGAACGACACAUAUCUCCUGACACAAAUGGACAACGAUCAGUACGUGCCAAUCUGGACAAUUGCGAACUUCAAUCAGGUGAAGAAGCUUACCAAGGACAUCAAGCUGAUAACGGAGGUGCUGCGUGAGUCCCCGAACGUGCAGGUGGACGAGGAUGGCCUAAAGGUGCGCCCGAACCACAAGCGGUGCAUCGUGAUAUUGCGUGAAAUAUCGGACAACACGCCGGUCGAGGACGUUAAGAACAUUUUCCAAGGCGAAAACUGUCCGCGCUUCAUUUCCUGCGAAUUUGCCCACAACAACUCGUGGUACAUUACGUUCGAGUCGGACGAAGACGCCCAGCGAGCGUUCCGGUAUUUGCGCGAGGAGGUGAAAGAAUUCCAGGGUAAACCAAUCAUGGCGCGAAUAAAGGCCAAACCAAUGAACCGGCUACCGAUCACACCGGUAGGCGGUGUGCCGAUGAAAAAUGGACUGAACGGUUUCCGGACGACGCCGCCGCCGGGUUCGGCCGUCGCGGCGGGCGCUGCUGUCGGUGGUGUCAUACCGCCGUCGGCCGCUUCGGCCACUGCCGCCGCGGCAGCAGCGGCAGCCGCGGCCGCCGCUGCAAUGGGCGGCGUAACGACCGCAGCGUACGAUCCGGUACAAACGGCGCCCCUGAAUGCGGCCACCAUUGCGACCUACCCGAAUGGCCAGCGGUACAUACUGCAGCACAAUGCACCGUUGCCGCAGGGCUACAACACGGCCGUGCACAUGUUUCCAUUCCAGCAGCAGCCACUGUACGGCGGCUUCGUGCCAUCGUGGCAGCCAGCUCAGGGCAACUAUUUCGAGAUGAGCCCGUACCUAACGAAUGGCAUGCAGCCGGUGACGGUCUAUCCGGCCAGCGGUGGUGCUGGUGGAACGGCGGCAGGUGCUGGCGGCGGCGGUGGUGGUGGUGCGGCUGGCGGCGGCAAACAGCAGAACGGCCGGUACGGUGGAGUGCCGGGCGGUGGCGGUGGCCACCGGCAGAAUCCUCGCAACAAACGCCAAUCGCAGCAGCAGCAGCAGCAGCACGGAGGAGCAAGUAACGAUGGUCAGUCGGUUACAACGAACAGCGGUGUCGCCGGUUCAACCGGUAUGCAUCGGCAGCAGCAGUCGUCGGGCGGCGGCUACCAGGCGCAAAGCGCAGGUAGUGCCGGCAGUGGCGCUGCCUCUGGGGCCGCCGGCGUCCAGUCGCAGGUCGCCAGCACGUACCAGGCAAGCGCGGCGGGCGGCGGCGGUGGCAAAAGUGCCGGCCUGCUCGGUGGCAAACCUUCCACGGCCGCCGGCACGACGGCAACCGGUGCGACCGGUAUGGUGUACCUUCCCCAGUACACCCACUACCUAACUGCCGCACCACUGCAACAUCAGCAGCAGCAGCAGCAACUUUACAGUGGCCAACAGCAGCAGCAAACGGACGGCGGAGCGAUGGAGCUCGUUGUGCGGACGGAUCUGCAGCGGCAGGGCAUGCAGCAACAGCAGCAGCAGCACGUGUACGAGGACGAAACCGGUGCCAACACGGUGCUGGUAGUGCCCGCCUACACGACGGCCGGUGGCGGGCGCAAAAACUCCAGCACAAACGCGUCGAGCGCGACGAUCAUGUCGCUGGACGCUACCCAGCAGCCGUGGGUGCCGAACCAGCCGCGGCGGAACCCGCGCCGACGGAAGGACGAGAUGAUGAUGCCGAUGGACGGCGGUGUUGGUGGGGCCGCGGCCGGCGGCAGCAUGUACGGCAGCAGCAUGCGGCACGGUACGAUCUACAGCGGCAGUAAUAGCAGUAACACUAACAACGGUAGCAGCAGCAGCAGCAGCAACAACGGUGCAGCCAGUGUGAAUAAUACCAGUAGCAAUAAGGUUAUCAUGCAUACAACUAGUCUCAACCAAUUGGCGCCUUCCACCGGUGGAGGAGGAGGAGGUAGCGGGGGCGGUAAAUACCAGGGCCGCGGGGACCGUGGGCGCGGUGGUGAUAAUAAUGGAUACGCCGGCGGUCUCAUCGCGUCGGAGCAUCACGGUGGCGGUGGAUACCACUCGCAACAAGGGCACCAUCGGAAUGCGGCAGCAGCACCGUCUGGCGGUGGGUUGCUCGAUUCCAGUUCUUCCUUUCAGCAGCACGGUGCAGCAGGCGGUGGCCACAAUAAGCAGCAGCAGCUGCAGGAUAUGAUGCACCACACCCAGCAGCAGCAGCAGCAGUACCAUUCGCAUCCAAUGAGUCAGCAACCGCACCUAGGCCAUCAUCAGCAAUCGCAGCAGCAGCAGCACCACCAUUCGUCCUCCUCCUCGGGUGCGAACAAUCACCAAACGCAGCAACACAGCAACACCAGUACCAAUCCUCACGGCCAUCAUAAUCAGCAGGGAGCGGCGGGUCAGCAGUCCCAGCCGCACCAGCAGCAACACCAUGUGUUGCAGCAGUCCUCCCAUCAGCUGCACACGGCGCAGCAACAAUCGCAGGGCUCGGGAUCGCACCAUCAUCAUCAUAACCAGCAGCAGCAGCAGCAGCAGCAUCACCACUACCACCAGCAGCAGCACCAUCAGCAAGCGAUCGUCGCGACAGGUGGAUCGUCGAACGCUGGAGGCGGUGGUGCUAGUAGCGCAGCCAGCAACGGGGGCGGCAGUACGGCCGCCAGCUCCAACAGUGCCACCACCACCAACAGCAACAACAGCUCCAGCACCACCAACAGCAGCAGCAACAGUACCAGUGUUCAGUUCGAUCUCGAACCAGCGGCAUUUCCGCCCCUUCCGGGCCACGAGGGACGCAGCCUCAUCACGGCCGGGACCGGCGGGACGGCCGGUAGUUCCGCCAGUGGAAACGCCAGUGCGGGCCGCUCCGGCUCGAAAGGGGGUAAUGCUUCCGCGGCCGCCGCCACCUACGGCCAAGCAGCGCAGCAGCAUCUUCCGGGCGGUGCUGUAGGCAAUGCUUCCGGAACCAGUGCCAGCAGCUCCACGUCUUCUACCACCGCCCAUCGGAACGAUGCGUCGGAUGGAGGAGGCGGAGGACUCGCGUCCAGCAGUGCCGCGACAGCCGGUGGUGCGUCCUCCGGUCUGCUAUCGGGUCCGGCCGCCGCCGCCGCACCACCGCCCGUCGUUUCGGCCUGGGGUGAAAACCAUCGGCUGGCGGACGUCGUCAAGGGUACGGCCAAGGGCGUACGGGCACCGGGUGCGGCGACGGUGGCGGCCAUCGUGGCCGGCACGGCGACGGUGCCGGUCGUUUCCGCCAACAGCAGCAGCAGCAGCAACGAGCUUAGCCUGGGCGGCAAGAGCGCGACGGAGCCGAAAGCGGCCACUAACGAAUCCGGUCCAACGAACAGCAAUGGCGCUUCCGGUGCAUCGGGAACCAGUAACCAGCAGCAGCAGAAUAAUCAUCUACCUGUGAUAAAAGGCAGCACAAAUGCCGCAACGAGUGGUGGCAGUCAAACUGCGUCCACGCUUUCCUCCUCCUCCUCCCACUCCUCCGCCUCGACCGGUACGACGCAUUCGUCGGUCGCUGCCGCCAACAGCGCUGCUCCGGUAUCGACCGGCACCAGUACGGCCGAUAAAUCUACCAAGACUGACGUAUCGUUGUUGCAAAUGGCGGCGACCCCUGUCACCGCUGCGCCGACGACCACCACCUCCCGGGCCACCUCCACCGCGACGCUCGAGAGUGCGGCGUCGGUAGUGAAGGGCGAGGCGGCCGCCUCCGCUCCUCCACCCACGACGGCCAACGCGGCAACGAUGACCUCGACUGAUUUCACUACCAAAUCUUCUUCCUCCGGUACUGCCGCCGCCGCCGCCGCCGCCUCCCCAUCCGUCACUUCUGCUGGUGGUAGUGGUGCGGCGAAAAAGCCGUCGACAUCGACCAACGCCGCCACAAACACUACCGCCACCAGCCACGCUAACACUUCCUCUGCCGGUAGCAGUAAAUCGUCCACCUCGGCGGCGGCGGCACCACAGCCCCCACCGCCAACCUUCUCGCUGCAGAACCACCCACCGUUGGUUCCGCACGACAGUACUGCGGCGACAGCCACCGUGCCCGCCGCCACCCCUCAGGUACGGCUGAGCUACGCCCAGGUAGCGCAGCAUCUGGCCGAACAAAGCAAGGACAGCAAGGAACAGGCGUCGUCGCUUCCGUCCCACAAUCAUCAUCACGGUAGCGAUAAGCUGACCGGCUCUGCCAUGGGUUCCACUACCACCACCGCCGUCAGCAGCUCCUCCGCUUCGUCGGGCGGUGGCGGUGGUGUGGUGGAGAAAGAGAACAGUAAUGCAUUAGCAGCAUCGUCGGAGAGCAACGGUUCGACGGCUGUAGCAGCUUCAACUGCCACCACUGGAGCUACCGUCGCGCACGGUACUGCCGGUGGUAGCGCUGCCGCAGGGAACGGCAACAACAACAACAACACCGGUGGAUUCAUUGGCGUUAGCAGCAAGCGGAAGGAUUCGGGCGCCGGUGGCAGGAGCUCAACUGGUGGCACCACAGCGCACCACCACCAUGGUGAUGGUUUCCGAGAACAACGAGAUACGCGCUACAAUCAGCAACACGGUGCCAGUGGAAACACCAAUGCACGCAACUCCAAAGAUUACCGUCAGUCUUCCGGUGGUGCUGGCGGCGGCGGCGGCGGCCACACCAAUGCCAUCGGCUCUGCUUCCCUCCAUUCCGGUGCCGGCGGGCUGCGCAAUGCCGCACCAGAGCAAAACAACAACAAUCACGCGCAUCAUCAAGGAGGAGGAGGAGGAGGUGGAGGUAGAAGUACCGGAAAUUCGGGCAACAGUGGCAAUAACAAUAAUCACCACAGUAAUAACAACAGUGCUGGUGGAGGCGCGCCCAAGUCUGGCGGUGCCCGAUCGGUGCGCAAGGACUACCAAUCGCACCAGCAGCAGCCACAGCAGCAGCAGCAGCAGGCCCACCAGACACACCCGCGCAGUCCCAAAUGAUGGCGCUUAAUAUGGAUCUAAUAUGUGCGCGACACACCGAAUGACUUUCUCUUCACUACACCUACUCUACGACCUACCACAAUGCGGCGGAGCACGUGCGAUUUAUGAAUCAGCCCUUUGCUUGCCGCUGCCACCGCCCCUCCCCAGUACAUUGUGUUUUAGUGUAUGCGCUUAAAAUAUUAUGGCUUUUCACGAUCCGGCGGCUGGGGUGGCAAGUAUAUAAGUUCGGACGAAUGCGGUUGAAGACAGUAGCGCAAUGUACAGCGUUUGUGUGCAUUGCGAGGAUAAUGCAUAAUUCCGUGGGAUGCAUGGGAAAACGGAGAAAGAGAGAGAGAGAGAGAGAGAGCGAAAGAGCGGGGGAAGUAUAGGUAGUAACGAUUGGGCGGAUUGGCGAAUCCUUACACAAGCAAGGAGAAUGUGGGCUGGGAAGAGCAUACUUUCAUUAUUGAUUUGGCGGAACAAGAAAAAGGAAGGAUAGGAUCGGUUAGGAGUUAUUGUUUUCCUAUCAAGUACAAUUUAUGAAACUUCACUUCAUAAAUUGAUUGAAAUGAUACACUAUACACUAGUUCGAGUGAUUCAAACAGAUCAUGAUCAUACUAUAAACGCAGCAUGGAAGAAGGAGCAGCAGUGUGUGUGUGCCUUUUGUUACGCAUCUGCUCUGGAUACACUUUGAUGAAUAAUUUGGGAUUUCUUGUUUUUUAUAUAAAAUAACACUGGAAGUACGUAAAAAGCAAAAAAAAAAAACUGCAAGUACGUAUAGAGUGGGAAGUAAAUCCUUAUAAAAAUCAAAUUGAUAAACGAGUGUGUGCAAAACGAUCGCAAUGCUCAGAGUGUAUAGCUAUGGUUUAUGAGGGAAUGUAAACACGCAGACCAAUCAAUAAUCAUCACACGAAUCUCAAAACAGUCAAAAGAUGCGUAGAGCACCAUGUAUGAAGAUGCAGUUUGAUUUUAUAACACACACGUGAAAGAAGCUGCCAAUCAGGGCAUGUACAAGCAUAUUUAAAGUGCUUGCUUAAGUAGUUGUCAAAUAGGCCCCGGCAAAUACCGUCGUCGUUGUGCUCUAGCCCUCGCUCUCUCUCUCUCUUUCUUUGUGGCGGUUAAUAAUAGCAACCGAUAAGGGUAGGAGGAGGGUAUCCCAUAUGUAUCCUUGCAUUAAAUAAAUAAUCUAGCCUCGGAGAGGGGUUGCGGCAACCAGCAAGCAAAACCAGAUAGUGAUCCCUAGUCCCCUGCAACGCAUAUACACCUGCGCCUCCCGCAGAGCGUAAGAGAAAAGCCACAGCAGCCACGGCUCCACUUCGGUCCACUUCGGUCCUGAGAAGGAGUGGGUGGUGGUAAGGGGGAGGGUGUGGUGAAACCCAUUUCAUUUGUGGGUUUUGUAGUGAGAGAGUAGCAAGAGAGAAAGGUUCUAGUAGGUGGUCCAUUUGUUUCAAUGUUUAUGUAUGUUUCUUUUUUAGUGCGCCCGUGUGUGUUGUGUUGAACAUAUGAUGAUGAAAGAGUGUAUCGGAUUAUCAUGCAAAGACCGGAAGAAAGCGUGAAAAGGAAAGAGAGAGCGAGGAUGCAUUAGCAUAGUGAGGAGGGUUUAAAACUGAUAACCGCUAUCGCUAAUGCAAACGCUUUCGUCUUGUUUAUUUAUGCCUUACUCUAAACAACACACACACACGCGAGCGCGUGCGCUCCCCCAAACGCGGCUCACGCAACAGUGAGAUGAAUUAUUUGUUUUAGUUUUUUUUUGUUUUUUUUUCUGCAAUUCGUUCUGUUACUUGUUUUUCUCUUGAAUUUAAGCGCAUUAGGAAGAGAGCGAGAGAGAGAGAAAGCCCGAAACAACUUAUCAUUAUUUACUUUAUUAAUUAUUACUAUUAUCUUUAUUGGUAUUUCUUAAAUACGAUAUGAUUGCUACAAUUAGUAACUGGUAACGUUAAACACACACACACACCAACCCCCUAUUGAGAUACUUUUUAUUGCAAUUCUUUGUUAAUUUGUUGAUAGUCGAUAAUCGAUCGCGCGCGUGAUGAUGGGGGGAUAGUUUUUCGGGUCUGGGAAACCAACGAGAGAAAGUGUGCGUGCGUGUGCGUGUGCCCUCCGUCGGAAAAAGGGGGGUUAAGGGCAUUGCCCAAUAGGAGAACGGAAUUCUGCUAAGCGUAACCGUUGGAAGCGAUUGUGAGCGAUAAAACCUGAAAGCAGAAACGGCGAAGCAUAAGAAAGUGCAGUGUGUUCCAAAAAAAAGAAAAACAUUGUUACUCAAAAAGCGCUGUGUGUUUAAACUGAAGCUAAUUGUUGCUUCGCGCUUGUCGUGGAGUGUGGAUGAACCUCAACCGAUAUUGAACGAGACACACACACACACACUAAAAUCCAGAGGAAAGAGACACGCAAUGCAUAUAUAUCUAUAUUCUCUCUGUUCGUUAUACCUGUAUAUAAUCAAAGCAGAUGAUUAAGGUUGAGAUGAGCAGCCCCAGAAGCAGCAGUUGCAGCUGCUGCUGCAAGCUCUGCCAAAACCGUCUCUGGACCAUUUGCUCUAGUGGUCGAAAAAAAAAAAAAUAAUGAAGUAACAAACAAAACAGCACUAGUUAAUAGCAAGAAAAAAAAACAACAACCUUGGUUUAGUUUAUAAAGACAGUAGACACACACUCGCCGGAGAGUAGUGCGUGCCGGUCGGUGACUAGUUGUAGGGCGGACGGAUUGAAUUUUGUUUUUGAAUUGCAAAGAAAUUUGUCUAAGUUUAGCUGGCAGGAAAAAAAAUGCGCUACCGAAAUGUUAGGAAAUGCUUUCGAGCAGAUUAAUGAGCGCGAAAGGAAGGAAGGAGAAGCAAGCUACUGCCGUCAAUACUGCAAACAUACACAGAAUUACACGAUACACACACAUAUAGGGCAUAAUUUUAUAGGCUGAGCAGUGUGUGUGAGUCAGGGUAUACCGGGGAUAUGGUAGUGUUUUGGAUCAACUAAGCUAGUGAUGCAUCUAAAUUGAUAAGACUAAGAGAGAAGGGAAGCGCAGUACGGAAACUGAGGAAAUUCCUUUUAGAAACACACACACACAAACACAAACACACCCACUGAUCUUACCAUCUCUAUUAGCAUGCGACAGAAUCGUUACAUUUUUACCACAAGAGCGCAAACAAAUGGAAAUCAUCAAUGCUUUACAAUAAUAGAAUCGUCAUCCGAAUGAUGCCGCCUUCAUUUUAUGCUCUGUGCUGUGCUUUAGCGAUAGGGAGCGUGGGAGCGUGCAGUGAGCGAACCUUAUGAGAACUAGCUCUAACAACUAGGAUUGAUUACGCUAUGCCGAUGAAGAGCUAGUUUUUAUCUGGAUCUUUUUAACAAUUGAUCGAUUGAUUUGAUCCCAUGCGUGACAUGAUUCGAUCGUUACAGGAGGUUUUUUCUUAUUGAUUGCGAAUUGAUUUCACGUUGCCCCACGCCUAGGGAGUAAAAAUCACAGCUUACAUCUGCUUCUAGAGAGCAGCAGCACUACUGCGAGAGAAGGAGGAGCGUAGGCGUUAGGAAGCUUAAUCUGCUACCAACCACUUCAUUUGUGUUAUGAUACUGUUUUAUCCAUUUCCCAGUUAUUUUCUAAUUAUUGUUUGCUUACAUUCCUUAUUCUUUUUCUCUCGCAAAUGAAACAGUUUGUGAUAAGCACAGUGCCCUUUUUUGAUUAAAUACUCCUAUAUGAACUUCAUUAGAUCAUUAUGCAUACUAUCUUAACACCGAGAAUUCAUUUCACGCAGUUCAACGUAUCACAGUUAGUGCAUCUUUAGAAUUUUGGAAGUAGAUCGAAAGGAUUUAAGCUUCCCCACUGAUGCCUCAAGACUCCAACGGUAGUGUAGCAGUAGUGCUGUUGUCUUCAUCGAUUCCCGAACUCCCGAAGAGUAACGUACAGAUACAUACAGUUUCGCAGGGCUACUAAGCACACAAUAAUGCAUUCGCAACCGUUCGAACGGUAAUGCGCCAUUGCGUUUUGCGUCUUUCAAACCGGUUCAAACAAAAACUAAACUAAAACGCACAUCAGGUUUAGUUUUAUAGCUCGAUAUCGUUUUGCUGCGCUUGCGGUUUAGAUACACACUAGCUUUUAAGCAAACCAAAUAUGGAUUUCAUCGUACCUUCGUUUCAUUUGAUGGGGUCGUGUGUGCGUGUACGUCCAUAAACGCGAAGUUUGUUUGUGCGCCACACACAACACUGGCUCUUGUGGUAAAGCGCAUAACACGGUAGCAUUCUAAGACGAGAUUUCGAGCAGGAAACAGGAGGAGCAAGAGCUUUCGUUAGACACACUGUGUGCGCCUUCCACAACACAAACAACACACUACACUAUGCACUAUAAAAAUAUGUUCUUUUUUAUGUUUUUUUUUUCGAUUUGUUUCUGAUCCGUAAUAAAGAUAUGUUGAUGAUGAGUACGAAACCACGAAGCUGGCGGAAGCGAAACUUCGAUUGAGCGCGUGUUCGUUUUAUCCGGUUCGAAAGAGAGAUGCUUUUUUUGGUUCUUUUGUCACUGUAGUAGUUUUUGUAUACUGUUGGGGUUUGUUUUUUUUUUUUUUUUUUUUUGAGCGAAUAGUAAUGCCUUACAUCCUUUUGUUUUUCUGAUUUUGCGUGAGCACAUUUCGGUUCUCUUCUCUCAGUAGCUGUCCCGCGAUCCCGCGAUCCUAAAAACAAUCACACACACACACACCCAUACACACCGAACGAUUACAGCCGGUUACGUUUGUCUUAUCUAUUGGUAGUUAAAGCUUUAGUAUAAAGUGAGAGAGGAGGAGCAAGCGGAGGAAGAAGAAGGAUAGCAUAGAGGGGGGGGGGGAUGUAUUUUCGUUCGAUUGUUGGGGUGUGGGCGUGUUGAGGUAGUGUACCGCAGAAAGCAGAAGAUUUAGAUAGUAUGCCAAUGCUCCCCGUCUCCGGUGACGGGCGGGUUCGCAUGAAGACACCUUUUAGAGACUGCAAAACACUUACAGACGACACACACACGCGUACAGAGCUGAAGUCAGACGUUCGAUGCUGUAAUAGCUAGUGAUUUCUUGACUAUUGUUUGUUUCCCCUUGGAGAAACCCCUAAAUCAAAGCCGCCACUCGCAUUAAUCGACGAAUGCAAAGAAAAAGAAGAAGCGAUACCAGUAGUUUGGUUCCACACGAAAGGAUGAGAUUUACGCGAGGGAGGAAAAAUAGUAACGGAAGACAAAAAAACUAUUAUAUACAACUGUAGGUUAGCUUUGUAAUAGAAUUGUCGGAGCACACACAUACAUACUACAAACACACAAAGCUCUCCCUGCUGUGUGUCCGGGAAAGAAUGUGAAAGGAAUAGGGGGGAGAAGCAGCAAACAUAAACGAGACGUGUGCAACACAGCAACAAAUUACGAUGUCGUUCUUGUGUUUGAUGAAAUGAUAAUGCAAAGAAAAAGCAUACAGUGUUAUGAAAUGUCAUACCGAGACAAAGGAUAUACAUAGGCGCAAGGUAUAAUAUAUAGUUGUUGCUGUGUGUGUAAUAACUGCAAGCGAGCUGUGCAAGCGCCGCCCCUCCCGGGCAGAGGUCGAAAGGAGGGAGAGGGGGAAUGUGUGUGGUACGGUGUAGUGGUAAACUAAAGAAUACUUAGAUUUAAACGCGGAAGAGAUACAAUAUCGAAGGUAGUAGAGCAGAGAGAAAGAUGUAUGGAUUAUAUAUAUAUAUACAUAAAAAAUAUAUAAAUGUAAGGGAAAAAAGUAUAUACAUUAUAUAUAUACAUUACUAUAUACACAACUCUAAUGAUAAAAAAAACAAAAACAAAAAACAAUGAUUAAAACGUAAGGCACACAUCGUUGAUAGAAAAGUAACAACAACAACAAAAAAAAAGAAAGAGAAAAGGACAUGUUACUACAUACGAAGUAAAACAAAACAACAAAACAAAAGAAAGAACACAAACAAACAAACAAAAAAACCUUACCAUUGCAGGGUUUCUUAUACGCGCGGAAUGAUACAACGCGAUGACAGAGGAUGAAGGGCAGAGGGAAGAAGUCUGGCAAAGACUGAAAUGCACGCUAUCGUUGGGGAGAGGCAGAGAGAUAAGGACCGAACUUGGAAGGAGAGAAGAAGAAGAGGAACACAUACACAUAAUACACACGAAUAUCCUUUCAUCCUUUUGCGAACAAAAAGGGGAAAGAUACAUAAAAAGUGCUGCCACACAACAAAUACACACACUAGUUCGGUAGAGUCGGUAAUGGUGAUAAAGUUACUGUUGAGAAGGAGAAGUGUGGAAUGUUAAGAGAGGUGGAGUGGGUAGAGAAAAGUUGAAAAAAGGAGUGGAAAAUCGAUGAAAAAACACACAAAAAUGUGGUAGUAGGAGGAUGUAGUAGGUUAAAUGAAAAAAAAAGGAAAUGAAUUAAAGAAUACCAACAAACAACGCAAAAACCACACACUCACACACAACAAGGGAGAUUAAAAAGAAGAAGGCAUAAAACAAAAUAGAAACAAAGCGAAAACAAUGAAUGAUAAUAUAAACCAUUACAAAAAGAAAUAAACACACACACACAAAUACAUUGGCUAGAAAGACUGCAGUAAAAAAGAAAGGAAACAAAUAGAUAACCACGCUCAAACAGAGGAGGAGGAGCAAAUCACGCCAAGAAGCGUCGUUCGGGUGUAAACAGCUCCCCAAGUCAUAUGCGAGUGUAGUAAACGCCAGACAGAGCCGCGGCGGAACCAAAAACAUGUGUUUAAACCUAAUGUGUAGCUUAAAAAUCAAAAAAGUAUCUAGGAAGCGCGUAUUAAUAGUAGCCGCCGUACCACACGUUCGACGUCGCCAAAACAACAGCACACUCACACUCAUCUGAAAAAAAAAAAGUUGAUAUAUGUGGUGAAGGGAAGCACGUGGGAAAUGCAUUAAAAUGCAUCCACGACGUGUGACAGCUCUUUCUCUGUUGCCCAUCUACAAACAACAGUUUCCAGCCCCUCUACACACAACACAACAAACCUACUAGCAUCCCUCCCAAGGAAAGCGAGAUUUGACCAAGGAAAGUGGAAAAGCAAGAGCACACAACGCAUUAAGAAUGUGAGAGAAAUGCCAGGGAACAGAAAUGUGUGCACGUGCGUGUGUGUUUGGUGGUAGUCGUAAACACAAGGGUAAGCGAAUUUGAAAUGUUGAUAAUACCUACUACACACACUAGUUGCUCUAGAAUAUUGAAAACAGUGUAAAACAAAAUACAGAAUUGGUUGGAGCAGCACCGGACGAGCACGAGCGCGCGAGAUGAUAAGGAAAAAAACAAAAAAAAAACAAGAAACUAAAGAAAAUAUGUGAGGAAGAAGUAACAAACAAUUGUUGUAAAAUAAGAUACAAAAUGGAGAAGAGCGAAAGAAAACAGAAAGAGAGAGAGAGAGAGAGCUGUUACACACAUACGGGCGAAAAACCGUGCGUCGUUACUAGAAGAUAUGGAAAAAUAUGGAACAGUGAGAAUUGGUGGGGAGAGAAAACAGGCAGGAAGUGAAGGAGAAAAUACGAAAAGUUAUAAAGAAAACAAAUGGUAAGGGUGUAAAGAAGAAAAAAAAGCCGUACUACAGCAAACACACGAUAAUACAAUGAUGAUGAUGACGAUGGAGUAUAGAAAAUAAAAAAAGAGUAAAAAACGAAACUACAAAACAAAACCACACAAAAAAAUACACAAAA